CCUCUAAACCGUAGAACAAACAUCUUUGAAAUAGUUGAAAGAAAGACAGAAUUUGAUAUGGUAGAGGUUUAUGAGUUAUUGACGGUAGUAGUUUCACUCAUAGUGGUGAAGCUAUUUUAUUGGAUAUAUCAGUCGAGGAAUCCGAAAAGUAACGAAAAACUACCUCCAGGGUCGAUGGGUUUUCCGAUCUUUGGAGAGACUUUUGAGUUCAUGAAGCCUCAUGACGCAUUUCAAUUUCCAACAUUCAUCAAGGAGAGAAUCAUCAGACAUGGACCACUUUUUCGGACAAGUUUAUUUGGAGCCAAAGUUAUAAUCUCGACGGAUAUUGAAUUAAAUAUGGAGAUAGCAAAGAAAAACCAUGUUCCUAGUCUCACGAAGAGCAUAGCACAACUAUUUGGGGAAAACAACUUGUUUUUUCAGAGCAAGGAGUCCCAUAAACAUGUCCGAAACUUGACAUUCCAGUUGUUAGGUUCACAAGGUUUGAAAUUGAGGGUGAUGCAAGACAUCGAUCUCUUGACUCGCAUACACAUGGACGAAAGAGCUAGGAAAGGUUGUCUCGAUGUUAAGGAAAUAUCAAGCAAGAUUUUAAUUGAAUGCCUUGCAAAGAAAGUUACCGGGGACAUGGAACCAGAGACCGCGAAAGAACUCGCACUCUGUUGGAGGUGUUUUCCGAGUGGCUGGUUUAGAUUUCCUCUUAACCUUCCUGGGACAGGUGUCUAUAAAAUGAUGAAGGCAAGAAAGAGGAUGUUGAAGUUACUAAAGGAGACAGUAUUGAAGAAGAGAGCAUCAGGAGAGGAAUUUGGGGAGUUCUUCAAGAUAAUCUUUGGAGGAGCGGAAACAAUGAGCAUAGACAAUGCGAUAGAGUACAUAUACACCUUAUUUCUGCUUGCUAACGAAACAACACCACGGAUUCUUGCGGCUACAAUAAAGCUCAUAAGUGACAACCCUAAAGUCAUGCAAGAGCUGCAAAGAGAGCAUGCUGGAAUUGUCCGGGGUAAGACUGAGAAGGAGACCAGCCUAACAUGGGAAGAGUACAAAGCUAUGACCUUUACCCAAAUGGUGAUCAAUGAGUCGCUUAGGAUCACAAGCACGGCGCCAACAGUAUUUAGAAUAAUUGAUCAUGAAUUCCAAGUUGGUUCUUAUAAAAUUCCAGCUGGUUGGAUUUUCAUGGGCUAUCCUAACGAUCAUUUCAAUCCAAAAAAUUACGAUGACCCUUUAGUAUUCAAUCCAUGGCGUUGGGAGGGAAAGGACUUGGGUGCGAUCGUCUCUCGUACUUACAUUCCUUUUGGUGCUGGCUCUAGACUAUGUGUAGGAGCUGAGUUUGCUAAGCUGCAAAUGGCUAUUUUUAUCCAUCAUCUGUCUAGAUACAGAUGGUCAAUGAAGACAGGAACCACAAUACUUCGAAACUUUGUACUCAUGUUUCCAAGUGGAUGUGAGGUUCAAUUCUUAGAAGACACUGAAGUGGUUAACUCGGCUGGUUCGAAUCCGGAUUAAUUGUUGCGAUGGGUGAAAACCAUCUUGUUCUUGUACGAGACAGUGGUUUGGGUUUAUAUUUCUGUUAAAUAAAUAAAGUAAGAAAGGUACA